CGUGCGUUUUUGUAUCGAGGAGCACAAUAAUCAUUAUACAACACUGCGGUAUACACCCCCGCGUCAACGUUUCCUGUGUCACACGCGACGUUCUGCCCGCACCAGUGUUUCGUUAUUUUUGCAUGUUGUCCGUACAGAAAUCUAUUGUCUCUCCCCGUUUCGUUCACGUACGAACUGUUAUUGUCAGUAGGUCGUCGAUCGCGUCGCGCGUCCGUCAGGUUUUUCUGUCGUGUCUUCUCGAUUGCGUCGGCCCAACACGACGCGUGUUAAUAUUGUUCACGUUUACCGCCAACAGCCAACAGUCCGUGCCGCGAUUUCCGCUCAAUCCGCAGCCUGAUAAUUGUGCAGCCGGCCGCUGUCCGCCCGCGGUGCACGAUUAUGAACGGUGUCGAUUGCGGUUCGCGUAGUAAAGUAGCCGAACAUUGGCAGCUGUGAAUCGACGCGAACCACUCCGAUGUUGCCGAAAAUGAUGCGGCUGUGGUUGUUGAUCGUCGUCAUCGGCGCCUCCGCGGUCGUUUGUCGGGUCUCGUCUGCCCAUUCGUCCGGCCACUCGUCCAGGCAACAACAACAAAUGCAAGAUGUACAGAUCGGCGACGACGGAACCAUACACCACGGCCGCUGCGAGCCGAUCACCAUACCGUUUUGCAUGGGCAUUGCGUACAACGAGACCAUCAUGCCCAAUCUACUGGGCCAGCAGCGCCAAGACGAGGCGGGCUUCGAAGUGCAACAGUACUAUCCGUUGGUGAAGAUCCAGUGUUCGCACGAUUUGCAAUUCUUUUUGUGCAGCGUAUUCGCUCCGGUGUGCACCAUAAUCGAGAGACCCAUACCGCCGUGCCGGUCCCUGUGCUUGUCCGCCCGCAACGGGUGCGAGUCCAUUAUGAACCGUUUCCAAAUCGAAUGGCCCGACAAUCUGGAGUGUUCAAAGUUCCCGGAAAACGGGCAACUGUGUGUCGGCGAGAACAAUGUCACCACCACUUCGCAGCCACCGCAAACGGGUUUGAUCGAACAGUCCCAAAAUGGAAAAGAUUUGACCGUCUCGGGGUCCAGACAUUUUCCCGUCGACCAAGUGUAUAUGAACAACCCGGGCCACGAUAUCGGAUUCGUCUGCCCGCAACAAUUUCAAAUAGAGUCCAGCAACAGCAACAAAAAACGGUCCGACCGGAACACUCAAGGCUAUGCGCUGAAAGUCGGCAACAGAUUGGUGAAAAAUUGCGGGGUACCGUGCGACGCUUUCUGGAGUGAAGAUCAAAUGCGCAAAGCUCGGUCUUGGGUCGCCCUUUGGUCUAUAUUGUGUGCCAUAUCUUGUCUGUUCACGUCCCUUACAUUUGCCAUCGACACGCACCGUUUUCGCUAUCCCGAACGACCGAUAAUAUUCUUGUCACUGUGCUAUUUAAUGGUUUCCAUAUCAUACCUGAUUGGAUACUUGUCAGGCAACAAUAUUGCUUGCAACAGACAAAAUUUAAUCACUCAAGGUACAGACGACAACGAAUGGUGCACCGUGCUGUUUAUGGUGUCUUAUUUCUUUAGUACAGCAUCGUCCGUAUGGUGGGUCGUGUUGACAUUAACUUGGUUCCUGGCUGCCGGACUGAAAUGGGGCCAUGAAGCUAUUGAAGCAAAUUCACAUUAUUUCCAUUUGGCCGCCUGGACUGUACCUGCAGCGAAAACUAUUACAGUAUUGGCCAUGGGCAAAAUUGAGGGUGAGUUAAUGAGUUUUAAAAAAAAAACAUAGGUACUUAAAUAUUAAUAAAACCAGUAUACCUUUUAAAAAUAUGCUUUCAGUUUUGAAUAAAAGUUCAAAUUCAUUUAAAUUUCUGCUGUUCAAUUACUAAUCUACUUUAUGAAGUUUUAUAUAUGUAGGUAUCUAGUAUGGAAAAUAAUUUGAUUCAACAUACAACUGAGCAUAAAACAAUAAAUAAAUCUUAUUAGGCACAUAGGUAUAGGUACAGUAAAACUUCCAUAUAACAAAGUCUCACGGGGAACAAAAAAAAAAAAAAAAAUUUAUAAUAUAGAGUUAUUAGUUAAAUUAUUAAGUUACAUAUUUUUAAUAUAAUUAUAUAUUAUUAUUUUGCGCUUGCUUCAUUAUGUUUACAUGAUUUUUCAAUAUGGUUGAAAGAAUACUUGUUGGAAUACCAUAUUUUUCAGCAAUAUCUUUUUUUUAACACCUCAUUGACUUCAUUUAAAAUUUAAAAUUUAUCGAAUAAUGACAUUUUGAAAAAUUACAAAACAAUUUAAGUGUACGAAUACGUUUAUGUCAAUAUUGGAACUGCAGCACGCAGCACUGCAGUAAAAUUAACCGAGUGUCUACCAAUGUCUUAUCUUUAUCGGAAAUAAAAAAAUUGUAGGUAUUUUAAUAAAAUAUUUAAUACAUAUUUAAUAGUGACAACAUUUACAUUUAAUUUUGCUUUUACUUUAUUAUUUUAUUAAAAAGAGGUUUGUUAUUGAAUAGUUUAUUCGUUAUACAGAGAUAAAUUUACACAUAAUUAAAAAUGUAGGUCAUGGUUCUCAAUAAUAAUUCAUUAAACAAAAUAUUUCAUUAAAUGGAAGUUUCACUGUAACACACUUAAUAUUCAUUAAAAUAAGUCAAAUUGUAUUCAUUAUAAAUCCAGGUACCUAUGUUUCUCGGUAGGUACUUACAUAUAUACCAAAUAUGUAUACAAUUCUGACAAUUAUUGUAGGUAUGGGUAAGUAGUUACUUAGAUUUAAAAUUUACUUCAUAAAAUUAGAUCUUUAGAAACAAUUCCUGGGGAAAUAUCUUUUUAAAUACAAUCAAAUUCAGUAAGUAGGUUAUACAUUUGAUUUAUAGUUUACAUGCCUACUACCUAAGCGGCCAUUCAAAACAUAUUUAAGUUAUGACUCGAGGUCAAUAUUCUGUCAGGUAUUCUGUAAAAAAAAUAUGGUCCUUUUAAUUAUUUUAAACCGAAUUACAAUGCAAAAAUAAUGAAACUGUUAUUUUUGUAAUCUUUCCUUGUAUUUUCUAAUUAUUAAGAAAACUACUAGAAACAUAAAAAAACACCUCUUAAUUAAUGCAUCAACUAGACCAGUGAUCUUCAACCUUUUUGGACUCGCGACUCACUUUUUUAGGCGUACAUUAUUCGCGACCCACAUAAGGCAUACAUAAAGAAAAACGUUUGUAGAAAAAUGAAAAAACAUUGUUAUAACUGAAUAAAUAAAAAUAAAAAAAACUUUUUAACGGAUACAUAAAUAUGACUAGAAUAAUACGCGACUAACAUUUAUUCCUCUUUAAACACAGCGAUAACAUCAACAAUGUUCGUAGAUUAUGGGACUCUUUAACGAUAAUAUUAUAAUAUAUUUAUUUUAUUACUAGCCCGGUUUACUCGUAAAUUAUUAUAUUUAAUGUCAUACUACGUAGAAUCAUACCUAUAUAUGAAACAUAUACUGUGAUUUGAAACCCAUUAUACUAAUAUAAUUUUGAAUAUAAAUUAUAUAAUAUUAUUUAUACAUAAUAUAUUACAAUAAUUUUCAAACUGUAUUUUCAUUUAUUAAUUUUCUAAGGUUAAUAAUUAAACAACUAUCUGUAUACCUUAUAUAAUUGUAUAAACUUAAUUUUUACUUUAAAAAGAAAACUUAUCGCAUCCCAAUUUUUAAGCUUACGCGACUCAAAAAUGGGUCGCGACCCACCGGUUGAAGACCACUGAACUAGACAAUAUUUUUCCUUAAAAGAUGCUUCCCUUGGAAUUCAAAUUAAGAUUUUUCAUGCGAAAAAAAAUUGAAUAUAAUGAAACUUUUAUUAUCAUAAUUUGUGUGUAUUUAAUAUUACGAUAAAUUACCUCAAGCUUUUUCCCAAAUUUUUUCCAGUAUGUUUUUUUUGGGUUUCCCAAAUUAUUAUGAAAAUAACUAGAAAAAUCAAAAAAUAAUUUCCCUAAUGCAGCAUUUAUAUCUAAAAUUCUACAAUAAAGAUCUCAUAAUUUUUUUAUUUAAGCAAGAUUUGUGGUAGAAAAGUUGUUUACAGACAUAAAUAUUUUUAAAACGUGCAUAGUAAAAUCUACAAAUUCCAUGUUGUGCUCAGUAUCUAAGUAUUUUAACUAUUUUAAAUAAUGAUGUACAGAUUAAUUUAUUUUGCCACAUAUUAAUAAAAUAUUUUAUUUUAAACAAUUUAGGUGAUGUGUUAACCGGUAUUUGUUCAUUAGCUGUUUGGAGUGAUGACACCGCUGUAAGAGACAUGGUACUGAUUCCUCUGGUGGUGUACCUAGUUUUGGGCACUGCGUUUUGGAUGGCAGGAUUUGUUUCUCUAUGUCGUAUCAGAAAAGUAAUGAAACAUGAUGGCACCCGAGGCACAGAUAAACUAGAAAAAUUGAUGAUACGUAUCGGCGUGUUUAGCGUUCUUUACACUGUGCCCGCUGUAGCUCAAAUCUUAUGUUUGAUGUAUGAGCAUGUAAACCUCGGUUCAUGGAUUAUCAGUUGGCACUCUACACUUUGCAGAGAUCCAAAAUAUGCAUUACCAUGCCCCUCUCAAUUCAACGACAUACCGAGGAAACCUAGCUUUGAGAUUUUUAUUGCUAAAUAUUUUGUAUCAUUACUAGUUGGUCUCACAUCCAGCGUUUGGAUAUGGUCUGGUAAGACUUUAAAUAGUUGGCAACAAUUCUUGGCUCGUAUACGUCCUAAUUCAGGUAAAUCUGAAGCUUAUGUUUAAUUAUUAAAUUUACAGUUAAGGUUAUCAAUGUAAAUAUAUACCUACAGUGUUUAGUUUCAAUUAGAUUUCUCGCAAGCUAAUAUUUUUUAUUAUAUUUUCAUUAUGUUCAUUGGUAUGUUUAAAAAAUAUUGACAAUUGUUGAAUAUUGUUAUAUUAUAAUUUCCAUAUCCGACAAAAAAAAAUUGGUUUGGCUUAUAGGAAACUUGAAAAUCUAAUUUUGCAUUGCCCUGACUCUUCAUUUUGAUAUACAAUAAAUCAAAUGUAUUAAACAUAUAUACUGUUUAGAGUACUUCAAUGGAAUUCUUGAAUAUUUAUUAUUUAUAAUAUGUAUUAGUUUCUAUUUGAAUUUUCAUAAUAUUGAAAAAAAAAAAAAAUACUAUUUUAACAUUACUAUGCUAAUUGCUACAAAGUAUAAACUAAAAUUAAUUUUAAUAAUAUCUAUUUGAUUAUGACAUUUGUGUACUCUGUACAUUAUACAUACAAUAUAUAUCAUAUUAUUUUUUUCUCAAUUUAUCUAGGUAAUAAGAUAUUUCAAUGCAAAUUUAUUUGAUUAUUUGUAUUUUAAUAAAGUUGGCAAUAUUAAUUAUAUGGAAAACACAAAUUAUAUUAAUAUUAAAGCACUAAUUCAAUUACCUUUCUAUUCAUACUGUAAAUGCUCUAGUAAUAAAAAUUGUUUAAAUUAGUGUUUCAGUAAGAACUUGUUUGGUUUUUAAUGGCAUUUUAAUAUUUUAUGAUUAUGAAGUUGUGUUUUGUUUUAUUAAUUUCAUAAAUUAUUUUAAUUAUAAAUAAUAUAAAAUCAAUGAUAGCAUAUAUUAUGUACCUGAUUGGUGAAUUUAAAAAUAAUUAUGUAAACAAAAUUAAUUAUACAUUUCUUUCAUUUUUGAAUUUAUUACUAUAAUAUGGUUAGUAGAUAUACCUACCUAAUCAUUCCGUCCUAAUUAUUGCUUUUAUUCUUAAUUUUUUUUUUAUUUUGUUUAUCUUAUAAGUUAUGUUUCUUUAUAUUAUUUUGUUAAGUACAUGUAUUAAUGCAAAAUCAAUCUUAACAAUAUCACAAAACCAAUUCCUUUUAUUAUUAAUUUUGUUCUGUUCACUCCAUAUUAAUUUAAAAACAUAAAUAUAAUCUCUAUUGUACUAUUAACUAAAUCUCAAACGGUAUCAUGUUCUGAGUGAGAAAAUAUACUUUUAAAAUAAUGUGAUGAUCCUACUGGUUUUAUCACUAGUCUUAUAAUAACUAUUGAUUUGACAAUAUUUUGAACAGGUUAAAUGCUUUGUUGUUAUGGCAUUAAUUUAAGGAUUAUUAAAUGUUUUUCAAACCAUUUUUUUCCCUUUAGCUUUUAACAUAUUUAAAAAAAAUAUAUAAAAUGUUAUUUCCUUUUAUUAUUAUUAUUUUUAAAUAAUAAUAACAAUGUAUAAUAAUAGUUUCUCAUUGUAGGUUAUCAAAUUCAAAUUCAAAAUAAUUUUAUUAAUGGUUUCUAGGUGCCUGUUUCUCUCUUUUCCUCUGCGUGUUUACUAUUUAAAAUUAAUAAAUUCACCCCAUUUUCAAAAGUAGUCUCCAUUUUUAUAUUUUUUGUUAUAUGUAUAUUGUAACAUUUAUGCACUAGUUAUUAAACCGAAUUGUUUAUUUAGUGUUUUUGUUUAUUAAUACAAAUUAAUACUACAUCACAUUAUCAGUUAACCUCUUUAUUCCUCAAAAUAUUAUGUUUAGCUUAAAUAAUGAUUAUUUUACAAAAACCUGUAUUUUUUUAUCACAACUAAUGUAUCAGUGUUAGUAAUUUUUGUAUUUAUACCUAGGUACUUACGUAAUAUUAUUUUUCCUAUCAGUGUUGGUAUGAUUAAAUCAGGGAUUUAUUUAUUAUUAUUUUUUUAACAAUUAUUAAUAACUUGGAGCAAUUAUUAAAUAAUUUAAUUAAUUUGUUAUUAAUUUUAAUGAUGUUUAACAUCAUUUUAUCAUGAAUUUUAACAAGUGCAAUAAUAAUAAAUUAAUGUACUCCUGGAGACAGAUUUUUUUUUUUUACUUUUUUUAACAACCUGAAAUAUAAAAUGAAAAAAAAAAAAUUAAAACUUGUAUUGUUACCAAAAAUCUGCUCCAGGAACAAACUCUUGAAUAUAUUUUGUUUAACAUUAAUGAUUAUCCAGUGUUAAUAAUAUAUAUAAAAAAUUAACCAAUGAAAAAAAUUGAUUAUUUUUUCUUUCUUUCACUAAGUUCAUAAAUAUUUUCUUUGUUGUACUAACCACUGUUGUUAUGUUAACAUUAAACUCAUAAAACAUAAUAUUAUUUAAAUAAAUAUAAAGACCAAAAAAAUGUAUGGUUGAAUUAUAACAUUUUGAUGUUAUUAAUGAAUUUAACAUUAUUUAAAACCUUGAUAUUUUUUAUAUUUUUUUGCAAUAUUAUUUUUAUAUAUUGUGUUAAUGUUCAUGUUUUAAGUAGAUAACACAUUAUAGUAUUUAGUAAUUAUUAUUUUUAUUAACCUUGCAAUACUUUAUGAACUGAAAUCAAAAAUAAUAUUUUUUUUGUCUAAUAAUUUUUAUUUUUAAGUGUACAUAAUAUUAUAGAAUAUAGGUAAAAUUAGUUUCUUAUAUUAUUAUAAAUUUUAAUACUUAUGUAAUAUAUUUGGUCGAUAACACUAAUGUUAUUCAGCAAUACCAUUACUGUCUGUACCUAUAUAUAUAUUUUUUAAAUUAAUAAUAUUCAUUAAUCAAUCAAUAUUUUUAUCAUGAUUAUUUUUUGCAAUUGUCGCAAUAAUAAUAAUAUGAUAUUUUACUGUUGACUGCAAUAAUAAUUAAAUAAAUACAAAUUAUACUAAUAUACUAUUAAUUCUUAAUUUUAUGUGCAUACAAUAUUGUAAUAUGUUUAAGCAAAUUUUUUUAUAUCAAUAAUUUACAAAACUGUGUUUAUAUAUAAAAUUUAUUUUUAAUUAUUUGUAU